AACCAUUGCCCAAAAGCAACAAACGAAAAAAAAUAGUACCAUAUUUUUCACACUAUAAGACGCACCAUUAAUGAACAUUUAUUUUCUGGUCUAUUUUUUUAAUACAUAAGACGCACUGGGUUGGUUAUAAGGCGCAUUAUGCGGUGACACUAGUAAGGAACAAAGGUGUCACCAUGUUUUUCUUCUAACUCAGCAGGUGUCAAUUAGCGGUUAGUGGCUAAUGCCGUCUGACAGCACUAUACUGAGGAACCCUGAGUGUUCUGGUAAGCCAAGGCGAUAUCAGCUAAAGGCUAGAAAAAUGUUUGAUGGAGAGAAAGCGAGCUUGGACGCCAUCCAGUCUACAAACACAAUCAAAGUCCCAAAGCCUGUGAAGGUUAUAGCUCUUGAAGGAGGUGGAUCUGUGUUCGUUAUGGAGCAUGUUGACAUGAGAUCCCUGAAUAGGUACUCCGCUCGAUUGGGGGAGCAGCUAGCUGACCUGCACCUUCAUAAUAAAAGACUGAAAGAGAAACAGAGCAAGGCUGAGCAGACUGUUGGAAAAGGCCAAUCUGAAGUUCCAAUCGUUGAGCAGUUUGGGUUCGACACCACAACAUGCUGUGGCUACCUCCCUCAGGUAAAUGACUGGCAGUCUGAUUGGGUGUCGUUUUACGCCCAGCAAAGGCUUCAGCACCAGCUUAGCUUAGUUGAAAAGUCAUACGGCGACAGAGAAGCCCGGGAACUAUGGGCCAGUCUUCAGGUAAAGCCUCUGGCUCUAGUCAACACAAUAAAGCUCCCCCAGCUGUUUGCUGGCAUCAAGGUGGAGCCAGCGCUGCUUCACGGAGACCUGUGGAGUGGUAACGUGGCCGAGUAUUCUGAUGGCCCAAUCAUCUUCGACCCGGCCUCGUUUUACGGCCAUUCAGAAUACGAGCUUGGCAUCGCGGGAAUGUUCGGCGGCUUCGGGAAACAGUUCUACAACGCCUACCAUGAGAAGAUCCCAAAAGCUCCAGGAUUUGAGAAGAGGAUUCAGCUCUACCAGCUCUUCCACUACCUUAACCACUGGAACCACUUUGGCAGUAGCUACAGGGGCUCAUCCCUGAGGAUCAUGAAAGAUCUUUCAAAAUAGAUAUGUCUUAAUUAUUCAGCAGUUUACUCUAAAGCUAAUUUAUGCUUCUGUGUCAAAUCUACACUAUAGUCUAUGCAUUUCUUAUGCCUAGCCACAAAACUGUUAAUGCAUUGGCUGCAAUAACAAUGGCAGGUGACAAGUUUCCCCCAAAUAUAAUAUACUGACAAAAGUAUACACUUUCCAUUAUCACUUGAAUUGCUUUUGGUGAUGUAAGGCUUGGAUGGAGCUGCUUAGCCAUGGAAACUCAUUCCAUGAAGCUCCUUGAAUCUUACCAGUGAUUUUAACGACUAUCUAGUCGCUGCUAUAUAUAAACUACAGGUAAAAUUGUCAUUAAAAAGCAACACUGAGUUUGUGAAAAUCAGUACAUCAAUCAGAAAACAAAAGAUUUAGAUACAAUACAACAUCGAUAUUUUCUCUCUAGGUGUCGUGUGGGUGUGUAUCAGCAUGGCUGGUUAGCAUGCUGGCAAAUCUAGCAAGUCUUUUUCAUGAUUAGAACCACACAGUUCAGACUAGAAAUUACAUUUUGGCAAAUUAAACACAAUCAUAGGAAUAGGAAUGAAUAGACAUUUGUCAAACAUAACGUAUAGAAAAGCUCCAAAAAAAAAAAAGUUAUAUGGAUAAGCAGAUGGAUAAUCUAAAUCUAUAUACAUUCAUGAGUAGGGAUAGGAGACAAUAUUAAAAGAUCAAUAUAUUAUAUGUUUUUUGAUUUAAAUAUAGAUGCUCUAAACUCCUUAAUUUGACUUACUAAAUUCACAGCUUCAUUACUCCAAGUGUAGAGGUCACCAGCUUUCUACAGUCAGUCACUACAGACCUACAGACCUUAAAACAUCAUGUAGCUUCUGAUUAGCUCAAGAACAUUAGAGCGCAGAGAGCUUCAUGGGAAGGUUUUCCAUGGACGAGCAGCUCCAUUCAAUCAAAGAAAUAAGGUAAACCUGUGGUGAAGAAUAUUGGUUGUCAAAUUCUGUGAAACUGACACCAAUACAUUUGAUUAUUUAGUAGUAUUUUAUCCUUUUUAGUAAAACAGAUGCCAUAAAGUAUUGUAGAGAGUUGUCUUGUGAUAUAUUAAGUAUCUCAGUAUUGCAGAAUCACGGUUACUGUGAAGAGCGUAUUAUGAUAAACAGGGGUGGGGAUCACAAGGCAUUCCACAAUUUGCUAUUACUAUGAGAGCUAUGGCAUGUUUAGCACAGAAGGCAAAAACGCAUCAGAGUCAGUGUGAAGGUUCCACUUUGUUAACUGUUGGACCAUUUUUUUUUUAAAAUACAAAUGUUACUAUGCAUAGCAGCAAAGCUGACUGCAGCAAUUGGUCAACUGAGCACUGAAUUCCCACCUUAUCUGCAGAGUAGGGCUGCACAAUAUAUCGUUUAAGCAUAGUCAUUGUGAUGUGCCCAUGCGCAAUAGUCACAUCGCAGGACGUGCAAUGUAACUUCUCCUUGACACAAGAAGUAGAUACACAGCGCUGUCUCUGUGUUUGUGUGUGUGACAGACUGCUGCUGCCUGAGAAGCGUGAGGGGGAGCAGAAGUAAACACGAGGUAACCGCAUGGCCUCCAUCAACAUGGUUGGGCACAUGCUUGUAAAUGUGAGCACGUGUUGAAAGCUGUGCCCCAUUAGGCCAGCACAAUUUUGCGGUGCAAAUAUUUCCAGUUACAGCUGAAUUCACGCUUUUUAUCCCAGAAAAACCCUCUUUAUUUACAUUUUUUAAAAAGCCAUUUAAAUGCCUGAUUAAAAGGGCAGAUGCCUCGGGUUUUGAGUGCUCGGUGCUGACUCAGCUCUUGAUCAGUCCUGAUGCGAGACAGUGCGCGGGUGGGGGCGGGGCUGUAUCGUGACAUAUCGCCGAAAAAAGAACAAUUGCAAUGAAAAAUUUUUCCAAUAUCAUGCAGCCCUACUGUAGAGCAACGUGGAUGUCUACACACACAGACACACACACAGACACACAGACACAGACGCACACACACACAACAAUGCACAGAUGCAAACAUGUACAAAAGCCUAUGUCACUUACCCAGGCUAUGCUAUAAACUCUUGAUUCGACACAGAAGUAUAAAUUAGGUUUAACAGUCUGUGGUGGUGCUGAUGCUUUCCUGGCUGGCUGCUCUCCUAAUUUCUGAUUGCUCUAGACAUGUGGUGAAUUUUUGGAGAAAUGUCCAGCAGAUGUGUCACUUUGACUUGUUGCUUUGAGCAGCAUCUGAUUUUUUUUUUUUUUUUUUUUUAAAUAACCAUAUGAGCAGGAGAACACCACUAAGUUUCCACACACAGUUUAGCCCUGGUGUCCACUGGGUCUUUAAGGAAACAGAUGCAGUGUUAACAAGAACAUUUACUUCUAACUGCAGGUUUCUGAGGCUGCAUGCCAGAUCAUACAGUGUGUAACAGUUUUAAACCGCCAAGCUGACAGCAUGAGAUUCCAUCUGCUUCACUGACAACUACAGUCUUAACUGUCUGUACAUUUAGACUCGUCAUGUUCAUUUACAAAAGUGAAGGAAAAUAAUUAAAUUAAACAGAGAAUAUAACAUACAGUACUGUGCAAAAGUCUUUAACUAUCUGAGAAAAUAACUAGCCACGGUUUUACUGUUCAACAAGAGAAAUACAAAAACAGUGUAUCAAACAAAUUGAUAUUAAUUGAUAUUAAUUAAAUGAUAUUAAUAUGUAAUAUAUUAUAAAUAUAUCAAAGAAUAUUUAUUAUAGGUUGAGUUUUUGUAAGAAUACCAAAAGUAAUCCCACAUGGCCAUUUUCUAGCCUUUUAUAGAUAUAGUAAGACUGAUGUGUAAAUGUCUUUCAUCUUGAUUGGCUGCCCGUGUUAUGCAAAUGUGAUUUAAAAUCACAGCCCAGGCCCAGUUUAUAAGUUAUAUAGGAUUAAAAUUGAAUCGAUAAAAUGAAAAUUGAUAAAAUGAAAAUUUUGAAAUGAAAUUAAGUAUUUUGGUUUGUUUAACACUUUUAAGUUACUACAUGAUUCCUUAUGUGUUUUUAAUAGUCUGAAUGACUUCAGUAUUAAUUUAUAAUGUAGAAAAAACAUAAAAAACAUUGAAUGAGAAUGUGCCUAAAUGUAUGGCUGGUGUUUUAUUAUAAAUAAUUAAAUUCACAAUGUUUAGCCUCUUAGUCAAACUUCCAUAUUUGGGCUGAGGAGAAAAUCCUUUAAAAAAAUAAUAAACAUUAAAAAAAAGUGUUUAAGGCUUUUGCACAGUGCUGUAGCUUUAAAAAAAAAGUCUAAAUUGAUGUGACUUGAAUUUUCAGAAAACAGAAGAACAUAAUUCCAAAAAGCACACUUUCCAUUCCUGUCCUGACAUUCCAUCAACUCUCAAUGACUGAAAAAUGACUCCAAUACAAAACCUUAAAGGUUGAACUUAAGCAUUAAUCAUUAGUGUGUGUGAGAGAGUGUAAAGCACCUUAUUAACCCUGACCCUACUGUGUAGUGGACUAAACAUCAGGCAUGUAUUCAUUUCCUCAGUUCCUCAUGGAAUCCAGUUUUUCUCUGGUUUAACAGAAAAGUCUUAAUCUCAGAGUGGACUUGUGUGGAAGUUUAUGCAAGUUAAUAAAGGUCAGCUCUGAAACCUG